ACGUGGGGUCGUGAAUGUAAUUUUUUUUGCUGAUUACUUAAUCAAAAGCAGAUUAGCGAUAAUUGUGAUGUUUUUCUUGAUUGCCCUAUUCCAAGAGUUUCAAAUUCUUGAAUUUCCCGUUCUUAAGAUACCCCUUGAAGUUAUUUAAUACAAAGUCAACGACCCUCCACGCUUGACUUGUAAAGGUACACAAAGCGGUUGCAGAAAGAGUGUUAGAAUACCAAUACGGCACUUCCGUUCACAACUUUCAUAACACCAACAAUUCCCGAGACAACACAUAUCAUGAUGUUCUUGUGUUUCCUGAUAAUCUGUUUGUUCGGUUCCCUUGAAGUCAGCGCUGGUGGCAUUAAUGACAUCUUUUUAUCGAGGUCCAUUUACGUUCCUGACCACGACGUGCUCGGAAUAAUCAGCGAAAGCAUUUUCAGCAAUUCCAAAAUCUACAAGCCAUUACCCGCUUACUGUUUCCAUGAAACCCCAGUUCAUCAAUCCCAUAAAUUUUUCACAUUUUACCGAGAUACGGCAUCCUUUUAUUCGUCAAUUGCAAGGAGUGUAAAACUCGGCGCGUCGUUAGAAAGCGAUUUCAGCCUACAGACAACACUGAAAAUCCAAUCGGGAAAUGUCGCCGGUUCUAGUAACGCAGUCUCUGGAAACGAGUUGGUGAUAUUCGCAAAAUCAACGAGCUUCGCGGUGGAAAAAUCGUGUUUGGUUCAACAAGAAGCAUUUACAAAUGAGUUUCUUUCUGAUCUGCAUCGGCUGCCGACAGAGAUUCGCUCGCCUUGGUUGCAAAGCUCUUGGCGGCUGUACGAGACUUUUCAAUCAAAAUAUGGCAGUCACGUUUUGACUGAAGUUACAACGGGGUCCGAAAUUGAUCAAAGAUCCUUUGCCAAGUUCUCAGAAUCGUACACCGAGAGAGAUUUCCAAGUGAAAUCAUGCCUGGGAUUGGCUGGACCAGUGCCUAUUGGGAAACUUGGUAUUGACAUUUGCGGGAACAUUACGGAGGAAGAAAAAAAUCGCGUGAGCAAACUCGAAAUGACGACUACCCUGACUGUCAAUGGCGGCACGAAAGAGACUCGCAACAGGCUCUUGAGGAAUCGGACUGAAGAAUUGAUUGAACAAUUUUUAAACGAAGCGAACACAACUAAAACACCAAUCCGCUACAGGCUCGACCCCAUUUGGAACAUCAUAAAACAAAGUUACAUCGGCUCGUCUGACGAUUUUAUCAGAGGCGUUAAUAUGGAGUCGUAUUACCUCGGUUUUUUGAACUAUGGGUGCCCGUUUCAAACCAGCGGCGGGCAAAUUUUGCAACAGUUUAACACAACGGCUUCAAGUACCCCGGAAAAUCCUGAUUACGAAUGCACCUUAGCCCCAGAGGGCUGUCACAGUGAUCAUGACUGUCACUAUCAGAUUGGAAUCUGGUGCGGAUGUGAAGGCGAUUCCUGUGUCAGAUACAAGGACAACACACUGGAUACCGGCAAAAUUAAAACAACUGCGUACAUAAAUCAUGAAAAGUGGGAUUUGAAGGGAUGCAAAUGGAAACGUACUGGAUUUACUUGUAAAUGCGGUGACGAAAGAACGGAACGAAGAAAGGUGUGGCCAGGUGAUGCUAGUCAGAAUGAGAUUCUCUACCAUGCUCAUAACAAAAUGCUGCUGAAAUACAACCUUCAGACUCAAGACCAAGAUGGUAUAAAGAAUAGAGAAGACCUUUAAUAAUGAUUGGCUUUUGAUUUAUUUACCUUAUUCAACAACAAUUUUUAGUGUAGUUUUUAAAUAACUUUUUCUUGAGUUUUGUCAACUUGUACAGCACGGAAGGAACUCUUAAAGGCUUGGUGAUAAUUGUCGUAGAGCAUGUCUUAACAUUUCGAGUGCACCGCGGUGAUGUUUGCCAAUUUUUAAUUCAAUAAAAAUAUUUCAAACUUCAAAUCUCCAGUCCAGGGGUUGGUUGUUCAAAAGGCGUUUAGCUUAAACGAUGAAAAAGUUAAAAAUGGAAAACCAAAUGAUCUAUUCAUUGAACAACUCAGCUGAAAUGUUUCGAUGUGAAUAGUUUAAUUGUCAAUGGAAGUAAAUGCAUAAGAUGCAGGUUCAGUCAUUCACAAGAUAUAUGAGAGUAUUUUUAAACUUUGUCCACCGUUUAAGCUGAACGCCUUUCGAACAACCAGCGCCAGAUCUUUAAAGAAGGCCUAUUGUUUGCAUGAAUAACUACAAAUAUUCAGAUAUAAUACAGCAUGCGUUGCAUCUUUGACAAAUUAAGUCGAAUUUAAUGUUGUAUUUUUUUUUACCAAAUAUAACAAAGCAUUUUGA